ACAAUUCGGUCUGCGCAUCGAGGACAGGGAGCGAGCACGGCGGACACGGAUUUUGCAGAAUUCGGCAGAUAUUGCAGCAAUGGGGAAGAGGAAGCCCGAGGAUGAUUUGGAAUCGGAGGAAGAGGAAGACGACGAUGAUGUGGUAGAAGUCAGCGGGGACGAGGACGAGGAUGACGAUGGGGAGGAGGAUUCGGAGUCGGGCGACGACGAGGAUGAUGAGGAUGAGGACGACGAGGACGAUGAUGACGACGAUGACGAGGAUGAUGAGGGAAGCGAUAGUGAAGGCGAGGACGAAGAGGAGAACGAUGGUCAGGCUGAUUUCGACGACGGGCUUAGUGGAAGUGACUUUGAUGAUGACCUUAUUCAGGACGAUGAGUUCGAAGGCGUUAGUGGCAGUGACAUCAGCGAUGGAGAAGCUGAGGGCCAGGAAGAUGCGAAUGGGGCGGAGAUGGGUGAAGAAAAAGUGGAGCAAAAAGGUGGCAUAGGAGGAGCCUUUGGCCGGGCUUUUAGUAGUAUUAUGAACAAGAAGGUUCCGAAAUCAGAGCUCACUCAUUCUUUGGGUCCAGUGCUAGCUGAGCGCAAGCAACUCCUGGUGAAGAAGCUCGAAGAAGAAGAGAACGAGAGAAAGAAGAAGACCGAUGUCAAGAAGAGAAAACGUGAGGAGCGGGAGAAGGGACACAGUAUACCUCAAACUUACAUGGAUCCUAAAGAAAAAGCUCUUAUAAAACUGGCUACGACUGGAGUUGUACGUCUCUUUAAUGCUGUAAGCAAAGCUCAAAAGGUGCAAGCAGACGCGGAUAUAUCAUCGAGCAAAUCUGCUAAAGCAACGUGGAAACAGAGCAAGCAAGCAUUUAUGACGCAAUUAAGGGGUGGUCCCAAGGACGAGACAAGACCUGUUGGGGGUCCGGAGAAAAGUGCAGAAGAGGAAGAGGCUGGCUGGUCAGCAUUGAAAGAUGACUUCAUGUUGGGAACGGCAAAGAUGAAAGACUGGGACAAAAAUCCUGAAGAUGUAGCCGUAUGAGGAGAGAUUUGAUUGAAACAUGUUCUAGACAUGUUUUACUGCUUCAUCGUUAUUUCACCAUCUGGACCUUUCUUGGAGCACACACGCUAGGACGAUUUUGACAGAUUCGGGAGUGAGCGUUUCCCACGUCUGUCCAUCUUUGGCAUAAGUUGUAUCAGUACAAGCUCAGUCAUUCAAAGCUGGUGACUGAGGAAAUCAGUGUUUACAUACGAAUUGAUAGAAAAACUAGGAUUAGAUGUGCUUACAUGUAGUUACACGUAACAGUCGUUUGUUUAUACAGACGACAGAAUUUUUCGACGAUCACACAUGAGUAAUAUGAGAAUCGUUUUCUGCGGCAAUCUUUUCAAACG